CAUUUUUGUUACCACUGUUUCAAUUCUUGGCUUCUUGUGGGAGGCGAGUAGAAGAGCUUCCCCCACGCACUUCCUUCUCCGACCCCCAAAUGCCAUACCUCCUCUUUCCUGCCUUCUCUUCUACCUUACCCUAGAAUCAACGACCGCAAGUUAGUGCCCAUACCUUGCAGGCAGCAAUAUAGUGAUGGUACCAUUCUUAGCUGUUUUGGCACCAAAAUCAGCAUUCAGCCAGCAGUGUUUCAGUCAUGUCUGUCCUUUUACCAUUCCACUCUGCUUUUCCAGAUUUUCCAAUCCCUUCACAACUGCUUGCACACGCCACCGCCUAUCAAUUCGGCAGCUCUCGCUUUGGGGAAGAUUGAUAUCCUAUGCCUCACCCCGUCCAAUUUUUUCUCCUUCAUAUUCGAUUCUUUUGUUUCUCUAUUCCCAUUUUCACCCAAACGCUUCGGCCAAUCCUCUGAUCCACUCUUGCCUCUUCUGCUUCCAGGCAUGAAUCACACCGUACUUUCGAAGUUGGCAUGGACGGACAAAGCUCCUACCCUCAAAUUACGUCUCCUCCAUACAUGGAUGGCUGGAAACCCGUACCAGUCAGAAGGCUUCUCAGAAUACUAACGCUUUCGACAGGCUAAUUGGUGACCUCUAUCCGUUGUUGGUUUCUUCUACCCGACACUUAUACCUGCCCAUUAUUAUUUUGAUGUUUCCUCUUCUUUUCCUAGGGGGUGCUGGGACUGACAUUGACACAUCUCGCGGCCCAGCUCAAAGAAGUUCUUGCUGUUCGGAAUCAAACAGUUCUCCCAGUGUGAGUCCAGAAAAGGUUCGGCACCCUGCUCCAGUGGUGUCUCCUCCAUUUUACUUCAAACCCUUCCUUUGUCCCCUCGGAUGAUGAGGACUCGAGCUAUUGUCCUGAUAGCUUUCAGUUCCGCCAAUUGAGGACCUACCCGACAUCGCUCCUCGACUUGACAAUUAAUUGGUUUGUCUUCGGUCCUUUCCUUUGAGCUUAUUCGAGUUUGGACUUGCCUAAUAAACCAAAUCCUUUUUGUAUAUGUUGUUGGUAGGUUGGUAUCUACAAUGCCUGUCACCUGUUUCCAGAAACAACGGAUAGUGAUUCACUCCUACUGAUUCAACACAGAGAAAGUUCAAGCCAAAAUUCAGGUUGGUUCCUUUCACUCACAAAGUUAUGUAAGCCUAACUUAGUCAACUGUUACUGAGUCUUAGGCAAAAGGAAGCAGUACACUGAAAUGUGUUCUUGCUGCCAAUCCUUUUAGCAGCCUUUCAAGGACAACAUUGUACUGAGAGGUAAGCUGGUUUUAUGAGUAAUCACUGUCCAUACACAACAUAACAUUUGUUGAUUAUUGAUUGUCCAACGUUGCUACUUCACAGCUUUUUUGUGCUUACAAAAUGUAGUUAUAGUGGUCUUUGAUUGAAAUUAUUUGUAUUGAGAUGUGAAAACAGAUGCAUUCAUUUGAAGAAAAGGAAUCCAAAAGAAAAAGACACUUAAAGCUGCUGCAAAUGACAUUGAAAUCUUCACCAUUAGUGAACUGAGUCUCUUAUUUUCCAUAUGAAACGUUGCAUUUGGGAAGGAGUACACUCUUGCCAUAUCCGAAGUUCUUUAGUUCGCAGAGUAGUCUGUGAUCAUGCUUGCAUAUUGUUUCCCUGGUAACAGUUGAAGAGGGUAUUUUUAAAGUGAAGCGAGUUGCUUGAGACACUGAACUUGGUGAGAGGAUUUUGACAGCAGAUUGGCCAACCACUUCGACUAGGAGUUCACGAGGAGUCUUCCUAUAAUCUCUUUGCUUUUUUCUUGACUGAGAUAUCAUCCAAUUUUGGAUUAACUUCUUGAAUUGUACAUGUACAUGGGCACUGGGCCGUGCUUUGGCCGGCACGACACGGGCACGCUUCGGGCCCAUUUAUUUCAUGUCGUGCUUGGCACGACCCGUCAAUUUUCGUGCCGUGCCGUGCAAGCCCAUUUGUCAACUUUGCUAGGCCCGGCCCAGGCCCGGGCAUAGUUCGAAUCGUGCCGUGCCUAUUCGUGUCAUGCUCGUAUUCGUGUUUAAUGAAAAGGAUAAAAACAAAAGAGAGAAUGAAAAAGAAGGUGAAAAUUGGACGGGGGAAGAUAGUAUUAAACGAUCAACAGUAUCAUUUAUAGCCCAAAAGUAAAACUGCAAGCCCCAUUCAAAUUUUCCUGCCCGUAGAGUGAAUGUAGGAACACAGCAUUUCGGCGGGAUUAAUGUAAAAAUCCCGCGUUUAGGAGUGAGAAGUAAAAUUGCAACCGCCGUUCUUCCUCCACCUUUUGUUUUUCAGAAAUCUCCUUCCUAUUCCUUUCACUUUCUUGCAUCAGAAAACUCCUUCGUUCUUCCUCUACCUUAUUGUUUUGCAGAAACCUCCUUCCUAUUCCAUUCAGUUUCUCGCAUCAGAAAUCUCCUCCCGUUCCCAAUUUUAAACAAAUAAAAAUCCCUAAUUAUAAGGAAAUCGACGACCCCACUCGCUGACGGAAGUCCUUGGGAGUGGGGAGAUCGCGAUCGGGAGUACAGCGGACGAUCUCGGCGGCGGAGAGGUUAUUGACGAGUGUGACUUUCAUCUCCGGCAGCCAACCUACCUUCAUCGCAGGUUCCAGAUUACCUCCAGAGAUUCGCUGCUAUCUUUUCUAUCGAUUGCUGCAGCAGACAGUGUACAAAUGUCGGACAAGAAUAACGAUGUCGACAUACGGACAGAAGAAACAAAACCACCGAGAGGAUAUUGAUGGUAACUACUGCCGACGUCACGAACCCUACUUAUUCUCUCUUCCCUACUGCAGCCUGUCCAUAAUCUGGCUCCAAAUCGCUCCAGCUACUCGCAUCCGUGGAGGGCGCCCCCAUCAUUCUCAGGCCAUCGAUUUUCCCCCUCUUUCUUAUUAGCUUAAAACUCAUAAUUGGUCUUUCUUUUGUUACCUUUGUAUGUGAUUAUCCCUUAAGUUUUGGAGAACUGGGUCUAGACUGUAUUGGUUUCUGAUGAAAUUGGAGGGGGGUAUUUGUAUCGAUUUGGAUGUGUGGUUUCAGUUUACUUUUCCGGUCAAACGCUUAAUGCUAAGUUCGCAAGUAAGAGUUGAUGAUCUGAUCUGGGUGAUUAGAGGGCAAAGAAGGGCAGAGUGGAGAAGUACAACAUUUUGCUGGACCUUGUCCUUAGUGUAGUUCACAAAUUAGAAGAAGGUCUUCCACAGACUCAUUUGUUUAGAGUUAAGGUUACAUUCUGUUGAUGAUUUAUAAAACGUUUGGUGUUUUGAAAAUCUAGAAUUUCAUUUAUCCUUGCUCAUUGGUGAACGUAGAGUUCGAGUUUGAUUAGUUUCUGAUGGUCGAGGAUUUUGGUUUCUGUACUAACAGUUCCAUUAUUUCCUCUUGGUGGCAGCUACAAAAUUAACCGGAACGGGUUCAUCAUCUAACAGAAGCACUAUUUCAUAUUGCCUCCACUUCUUGCAGAAUCAAAAGGUCAACUUCCAUCCUCCAUCUCACACCAUUUACUCUUGAACUCAGUAGGAAAAGAAACACAUAUGACUUGAUUUUAAGCAUGUCAUGCAUUUGGCUGCAAGUGUCAACUUAUGGGGUCUAUAAACACAUAUGACUUGGUUUCUGCUUGCCAUUCGAUAUGCAUUUGCUGUCGGUGAUGAAGAAAGCAUGAUAGGGAAGGAAAAGCCAACGUCAACCUGGCUGGGUAGUGGCGAUUCAGAUUUGAAGCAAGCACAUUUUGAUUCAUGUUGGUGAUUUCCACUUUUCUUUUGUUUUGCUAGAAGUAUAGUUUAUAAUGGUCGCUAGCAAUAUAGAAACACAUUCUGCUUAUAAUGGUUGCUAGCAUUAUAGGUUAUAUGCUUUGGUUUUGUUUGUAGCUAGGGAUUUAUGGUUUACCCAUUAGGUUUGCUUCUACAAUUUGUAGCCGAUCUACUAUGAUGUACCAGCAAGGGUAGUGGAACUACAGAUUUGGAGGUCUAGCGAAGUAUAAUGCAACAUACGUGAGAAUUGCUUCACUCUGGUUUUGACUCAGAUCAAAUUCGAAGGGGUGGACGCGAUUAGAGUGGAAGCUUCUUACACCAUGGAGAUGAGACUCACUGCUUUUAUUGCAUUCCAGUUGGGGAAUGCCAGUAACUAGGACCUUGAGCUCUCCCAUGCAGGUAACCAUUGAUGCUUGCCUUUUCUUCCUUUCGUAUUAAAACUUAUGCAAUCAUAAUGGAUUUGGCAUGUUGCUUAUACUUUCAUCUUAGUUGAUUGAGAUGGAUGGAAGUGCAUGUGAGUCUGGUCAGGAUGGUGAGAUUCUGCGCGGAAAAGGAUAAGAUGCUUAUCUAUGUGUUCAUGCCGAACAGAAGCUUGGACUUCCCACUUCUCAGAACUGGUAUAAUUUCUUUUCAUGGCUUCAUUGUUUUUUAAUUUCAGUAUGAUCUUAGGGGAUUUGUCGAUAUAAUAGAGCAAAGCUUUUCCCUUAAGUAUGGUGAUUUUGUCCAAGGUUUUGUUCUUAAAAAUUGCUAAUUGACAGGUGGUCUGAGUUGAAGUCUUCCUUGAUAUAUGUUUUUUAUAUUGUUGCUAAGGCAGAGUGUAUAAUUUGAUACUUAUGCACCACUUUGAAACAUAGAAAGCAAGAAUGGAUCUUUUCCCAUGCUUCCUUGGGAUCUGUUAACUGUGGUAUGUGAACUUCUGGUUAUUGGAUUGCCUGUUUUCGGCAUGGUUUCUUCAUAAUAGAUCGACUGGAAUCUCUACUUUCAUAGGUUGGGUUUUGUUUCAAAAUUCCCAUUUGUCUUCCUCCAACAAGACGAAGAUGUAUCAUUGUGUACAACUGGAGCUGAUUACUUUUUCUAAACCUAAUCUUUAGUAUAAUUAAUAGGCGACUACACUUAAGGGGUUCAGUAAAAAGUAGAAAGGUCUACCAUAAGUUCUCUACAGCCUAACCGAACACCGUCUGAUGGGUCCUACUCCUAUGUCAUUAUCUCAGCCUUAGAUUCUUUCCUUUCCACCUCCUCCCUAUUUCACCGAUUCCCCAACGUCGACUGGCUGGCGGCUAGGUAAGUCACCUCUCUUUUCCGGCCGAUUUCCGAUUGUUCCCCAAACCCUUCAGCAGUUCAGCCUCUCCAUCGACCCCCCUGGCAGUUAGGCAAGAGAGCUGGCCGGCGAAGAGCCCAGCCCCUCCGUCGAGUUCGGUGGGAUAAGGGCAGGUCUACAGCAAGUUCGGUGCACCCGGUUUACCCAUUCCUUUUCCUUUUCAAUCCCCAUCCCUUUUCUCCCCUCCGUCGAUCCCCUGGAGAUUAGAGAAGAUGGAUCGUCGUGGCUCAACCUUUCUGUCUAUCUCGACCGUUGAUUUGGGGCGCCCUUCUCACCUAUCGACUUCUCCUCAAUCUCAUCUUUCGAUGAUUGUCUGGCGGCUGCCCGAGUCUCCGUCUCCUUUCCAAAGCCCCUCAUCGAUUGUCGUUUCACCCUUCCCCUGCGGUGAUAGGCCUGGCGGCUGAACAAGAAGUCCGUCGGCUGUUUGUUUCCCCACGGCUCUUCCCCUGUAGGCUAGCCGAGUUUGGGACAACUACUUGCCGAUUGUAUUUGCUCCAAAAUCCUCUAUCGUGAGGCUGAAUCCGUAUUCGAUUUGAAUCCUUAUUUGAAGCCCGCUGGAAGCCAACAACUAAGACAAACAAUCUCUUUCCCUUCUUCCUCCAUGAACUCUCUAAUUUGGGUAUGCUUUUAUUUGGACGCCUGAUUUGAUUUCUUUCCAGAUUUUUCCUUUUAAUAGUUCGUGAUUCAACUCUGUUAUAUAAUUAAUUCCUUUUACGUAGGGGGGCAUGUUGUGAAAUGCAAAUUUUUGUUGUUUGAACAAAUGGUGGGGCAAUGUUCCAAGACCUGAGACGUACAUUUGAUUCCCAGACCCCCUUCCUUCUUAGUCAUUGCAAGUUGAUCACAUGCCAUGAUAGCCUUUGUUCUUCUGGAAUGAAUGCAUGUACUAGAAAUCUAGAACACAAUAUGGGUUGCUGGAAGUCCUUAAGAAGCUUGACGGUAAUGAAGACCAUUCAUAAUGGGGCUACUGAACUGAUUCACGGAGAAUUGAUGCUUUAAUUUAAUCGUAGAGACACAAAGUAUGUUUAUUCUAUUGAUCUAUGGGGCUACUGAGAAUUGCAUAUUUCAUUGGUUCCUUUUCUUUGAAUGACAGAAAUCAGGUUUGAAAUGCAGUUGAAAUUUCUGCUCUCCCCAAGCUAGAAGUUGACAAUGGUUUGAGAAUGGAUCUUGAUGAGAUUAAGUGCGAAAUAUUAUUUGUUAUAGUCAACAUAGACUACAACUGCAUCACUUCAGCUGCAGCCUGCAGAACCAAGCCCAAGACUUCUUCUUUCUUUCUCAGUUUCAACUGCAAAAAGGAUUUUCUGAUUGCAAAUUCUGUUGGGGGUGGAUUUGUUCAGGGAGAACUCCGGCCUGUUGUUGCUUUUUCUUCAUUCCUCAAUACGUCCUUGAUAUCAUGUUUUUGUUUUCAUUGUCAGUUCUGUUCAUUGCGCAAAAGGUGAAGCCAAUAGACACAAUUAGGGUUUAUUUUUCCUUUUUGAAGGGAUUCAUAUUGAUUAUCAAGUGAUGUAAAUUUUGAUGGUUGUACUAAGAGAACCAUAGUAAGAUAUUAUACGAUUCCACACUGUUCGAAACUGUGUCAUCAAAUGUAAACCCUUCCAUAUGCAGGAUUGGAACAGUUCACAUGUAAUCAAAUAUUUUUUUACUUAAUUGGUUGAUUACUUACGCGGUUGCUUAUUUUUCUCAAUUUGAGGAGGGGCAUGCUUCAAAUUUCACGAGUCUAAACGGCUUUCUUCUCACCAAUAGAUUUGUUGUUUGAAUCUAAACAUCUUCCUUGCCAAAACCAAGACCAGAUAACUAAAAACAAUAAUUAACUAGCUUUGGUUCUUCAUAUAAUUUACAAAAAACGGGAACAUAUGAGUAGAAAGAGGUGAGCUUGAUUAACAAAACAACAAAGGAAAAGGGGUGAUCGCCUAAUUGAAGAAGUUUUGCUAACCAUACUCAGUAGCAUGCCAAAACUAUCCUAAGUUUUUCUCCCAUUCUCUCAUAAGUCAAUAGGUACAACCCUCUCAUUGAAUCUAUUUAACUAAUUAUUUAGUAUCUAAUCCAUAAUUAUUAUGAUAUCUUGAAGAUUAACGAAUUUAAAACGUUCAUUUUAAUCCUCAACUCAAAUAAAGUAUGAUUACUCUUGAAUGCUAACUAAUUGAUAAAUGCUAAAUUUUCAAACAAUCCGCGGCAACGCGCGGGCCAUUUAUCUAGUAUUGUUUGAGAAAAGUAACAAAUAGGGGAGAAAAUAAAAAUGAAAGUAUAGCGAGUGUGAUUUGGCUUUGCUUAAUUCUUUGUCCAUUUUUCCUUAUGUUAGUAAUUACGUACAUAUCUUUAUAACACUUCUAACAACAACAAAUAAUUAUUUUUCUACUUGUGUUUUGUACUAUUUGAACCUAUAAUUCUUUUUAUACUUAUUUUCUAUCAAAUAAAUAUUAUUAUCGUGCCAUGUCCAUUCUUAUACUCAAUAAAGUCUCUAAAAUAUUAGGCCCGACACGGCCCACUUAUAUACUGUGUCGUGCCCGUGCCCAUGAAGUUUAGGCCCGGCACGGCCCAUAAAUUACUCAUGCUCGUGCUGGGCUGGUCCAUUUAUUUCGUGCUCGUGCUUGUGUUGUGCUCUAACCGUGCCAUGCCAUGCUAGCCUGUGGGUGGCACGACCCGGUGCCCACGUACAAUUGUACAUAGCUUUAUGCUCUGAUUAUUCACCUGUGCUUGCAGGGUAUAUAUACAUACAUACCAUGAUUCAAGCAAUUAGCAUAUCAGGUUGGAAGUUGAGUUUGUUUUGCCCCUCCAUCCUGGUUGCACAAUUGUUUGUUCUAUUCCUAUAAGUGUGUCUAAAAACAAAAACUUAUGAAAUAGCCUAUGUUCAUUCAAUUUGUAUUCUUGAUUCUUUUCUAAGGACUUCUAAAAUGCAUGAUACACCAGCGUUGUAUACCGUGGAAUAAAUAAUAUUAUUUAAU